AUGACAACUCGCGCCGACUCUGGGGCGUCCCGCCCGCGAUCUCGCCGGUCUAUCGCUCAUGUCCCGCGGUCGAAGAUGACGUCCGGCUUGGAUAAGGAGAACUCAGCGGCGGAUCUUAGAGGGACUCAACCGUUCGCAAAUCCCUCGAAGUCAGCUAUGAGAGACAAGAAAUCUCGCAGCAAGAGUCUUGGACCCGGCGGGCUUGAUGCGCUUCAAAGUUCGAACGGUAACCGCCGACAGUCUACGGCUUCGUUUCCAUUGAAAUCAAUUCUCAAGCCUACCGUCCCUGUCUCUCCUGUACGAAACAUUCCAUCGUUUGAGGAAACGCGCCGACGCACACCAGCUCGCAGUAACCAACCGAGUCACGAUGGCGCAAUGGACGGACAAGGAAACACAGACCAAGGAAAAGAGGGACUUCUGAUCGACUUCGAAACAACCCCAAAGCCCCCCGCCGCAGCCAGUGGCAUGGACGAUAAUGAUGACACCGCGAAUCCAUUCGAUACCUUCAAUGCGACAUCUGCCAUUCGCGAAGAGAUGGCGGCGACGAAGGAGCGUGAUGAAAAAGAGCGCAAAGACCGCGAGCGUCAGAAUAUCCUAGAGAAACGAGAAGCACGACGAAAGUCCAUGGCAAACCGUCGGGUAUCGUUUGCCCCUGAGGCGACUUUACACACGUGGAAUGUAGUGGAAAUUCCCGACGAUUCUACGGCAUCAUCGGCUGCCAACUCGACAAGACGUGCGUCUGCUGCCGCAAACCCUCCCAAUCAACCCGCUCCCACUUCGCCCGAGAAAGAAGACCCUCCCUCACCAGUAGACUCUGAUUUCAAUUUCUCGCCUUUCCGCACUCAAGAUUUGAACCAGGUGAGGGGAGACCAUCAGGCAUCCACGAGCGGUGAUCACGACCAAUCGCAAGAAAUGUCCUCUAGUCCUUUCAGUGGCAGCUCAGUAGGAAGUGAAGAUACUGGUGCACAGAGCAUGGCCGGAGAAGAAGAAGAAGAUGGGAAUGAUUCGGACUCGGAUGAUGGAUUUGACGCCGAGAGCACCGCCAUGAGUAUGGAUGAUAUGACCGGUCGAUCAGGAGUCAGUGUUCAAUCGGACGCAACUUCCAGCUCCAGCUCCAGCAGCAGACUAAAUGAAGCCUUACGCCAGGCUGCGAAGGAAGCGGGAACAAAGGCCGAUGAAGAUGGAGAAAUGUCAAUGGAGAUUGCAGACCAAGAGAUCACUGGUGCCUUUCAGCCUUGGAUUAAGAAGGGCGAAAGGAAAAGUUUCGAUUGGGGGGAUAUCGGCGAAAAACAUAACCAGGAGAACGUGGAUCCAAUGGAGUCCGCCAACGCCCCAGGAAUGCCGGAAUCCGAUGAUUUCGAAGAGGAUGAAGACCUCAGCAUGGAUGUGACCAAUGCUGUUGGACGCAUCCUGGGAGGCCCCUCGGGCCAUCGUCAGAGCAUAGCUCGUCGCACAUCUACGGCAGAGGAAUCAGACUAUGGUGAUCAGACCAUGGAGAUGACAAAUGUCGUGGGUGGUAUCGCGCAUGAGAACUCGCCAUCAAAGUUCUCCGAGAAUGACGAUGAAGGGAUGACAAUGGAGUUCACCUCGGCUGUCGGCCAAAUUCUGGGGAGCCACUCUUCUCAUACUCCUAAUCCCGAUGAUGGGGACAGUGACCAAGACAACUACUCUGAAGAAGGGAUGGACAUGGAGAUCACCGGUGCCAUUGGGGGCAUCCUACAAUCAGGAAUCGAAGCCAAGGACAAAGUGCACGCGAAGAUGGUCAUGGAGCUCGAGACCGACUCGGGGCAACUGAACAGCUCGCCUUUCCAAGACAGAGUUCGAAAGUCUCCUGCCAAAUCACCCGCCAAAUCACCCGCCAAGUCACCAUUGGCGUAUCAAAUUGGUGCCGUAGCAUCUGAGACUGGCAGCCCUAGCUUGGAACCCGUACGAGCUAGAUCCUCACGACGCAGUUCUACCAGGGGAUCUUCGAGUACGCCCAAGUCAGUCCAACAACAACAAUCUCCUCACAGUAAAACGUCGACUCCUCCGAAACAGUCUACACCUCAGCCAAAGCCAACUACGCCUAGCAAGACUCCUCCAUCUAGCAAUGUGUCGUUCCGAUCUGCGUCGCCAAAGAAGCUGUUCAAGCCCGAGCUUCGAGAGUCAGCAAACAAGCGCAAGUCUCUACGUAAGAGUCUCUUCGAGCACAACGCAGCCACUGGAGAAUCAACACCGAUGUUCAAACUCCAACCCCCCGAGGGUCGCCGUUCAUCUGGCCUUGGAAUUGACAAAGAAGGCCUCGGAUCUCCUCGUGUGGCAGCCUUGCUUGACAAACGCCAGUCUCUCGGUGAGAGUAGUCCUCAAUUCGUUCCUCAAGAAAAUCUCCAAUCCGGUGUGCGCUUUGAAGACCCUAUCCAAAUGCAGGAAGAGGAAGAGCGUGAUCGUGAGGAACUCGGAGAAGCUGGCCAUUUACCAGCUGCGCCGACACUUAAGGAUAUGAUCUCAAGUCUCAGCCCGAAGAAGACCAAGAUCGGUAGCCGCAAGAGCCUGCACGUCGGGGCUGCUCGUGGUAUUCUUGGUAAACGCCCUGCUGAACUAGACUCGGACGAAGAUGAUGCUGUGAGCUCCCCCAAGCGCCUGCGUGGCCAUGAUGUCAGCCCAGUCAAAGCUGUCAGGCUGCCGGCGCCGAUGGCCAAGGAUGGGAAUGCCCGCCGGUCGAUACUUUCACCUAUCCGCAAAGCUGCUCCCUCAUCACCUCUUAAAGGUAGCACGACACCUUCGCAAGAACCACUCAAUGCCCCCAAGCCCUCAGCGAGCCCUCUCAAACAUGGGCUUGAUGCCCUCCACAUUGCGUCUGAUCCGCAUCAGCCAGACGAUGACGAUGAAGCUGAAACCCCCGAUGAAGAACCUGUAUCAGAAGUUGAAGCAAUCCAGCUUCAGGACUUCCUGAAUAUGACAAACAUCCAUUUCAUGGAACUUACCACGACAAAGAGGCGACAUACAACUGCUCCUGGGAGUGCGACUAAGAAACUGGUCCGAGCCUCAGGGGAGAAUUUACCGAAACCAGGCUCUAUCACAUUCGAUGAUUGCGUGGCAGCCGGAUUCUGCACCGUGCCAAUGCUUGAGCUAUACCAACAUUCAUGCCGAGAGCUCAAAUCAUACAUUUCCGAAGGUCGGCAGGUCAUCCGUUCUAUUGAAGUUGAGACGUUUGCCGAAAAUCCGCCACUCUUCCAGGAGUACAUAAAUGCCCCUCCAGACAUUCGGUUGAUUAUGGACAACCAGUUCCGAAAUGUCAAGACACAUGCUCGGUUGCUCAGCAAAGCCACUUGGUAUGAAUGGCGGAUGAAGCUCCUGGAAGGACUCAAAGAAGGGCUCAACCGUCACGUAGAGGACAUGAAGGCAGACGACGAGUUGCUCAUCGAACGCGAGGAACUAUUAAACGCCAAUGUGCCCUCUCUAGUGGAGAGACAUGCAUCGCUUGAACAAGAAGCUACCACUCUUCAAGAAUUGGUCGAUGAGAUGGAGAACUGUGACCAAGAGGAAUUACGCAGUACGCGCGGAAAGUUAUCUGAAGUCGACACUGAAAUUGCAGCCAGGAGACAAGAACUUGAAAUGUUGCAGGCAGAAGUCCAGGAGAAGACGGCCUCGAUUGAGGCUGGAGCUGAAAUGCGAGAUGAGUUCCUGUCUCAAAUCCAAGAGGCGGAACAACUGAAAGAGAAGUGUCGGGGCUGGAGUGCUCGGGAGAUCAAUGGGUUGAAAGCCUCGGUUCAGCAAAUUGAGCGUCAAACUGGCUGGUCAAUUAUUUCAGCCUCAACCCCAUCGGAGGCCCCUGAUAGUCCGUUAUUGAAGAUGACUUAUCGAGACCAACUCCAAUUGGAGUUUUAUCCUGGAGCUUUUGCCUCUAAGACUAGCGGCAAAGGCGACAGGAAAAACUCACCGAUCGAACUGACCUCCCAAAAGAAAUCAAACAUCUCGCCCAUUGCUUCUUUGGUACUGCAAUCCCUGCAACGCUACUUAACCACGGUCCGGCAAUCCGCCGUCGCAGCCAAACGGGUAUUGGAGCUUAUAUCGAGCGCAUGGGACCGUGCUGUCGGUCUGGAAAAUGAAGCGCGUAUGCUCGAAUUCUGCGGCGUGACCCGUCUCACUCUAUCAAAGCCCGAAGGUGGCUCUCUUUCUCUUCGCGCCCGAUGCACACUCCUUGGAAAUGCCAACACCGCAACACCGCGCCGCAAAAGUCUCUCAAAAGGCAACAAUGCCAAGAGGAUCGAUGUCGAUUUCAUUGUUCGCACACGUAUUGACCAGCCUGGUGAUGAUCACGAUGUCGGUUCUCUGGAUUUUGACAUCGACGUUCUGGCAACAAAAGUGUAUGGAUUCGGAACUGGCAACCAGUCCGGUCUUUCCGACAAAGAACUGCAAAGCAUUCUCGGUAAGGGGAUUCGCCAAAAAGAAGGCAAUCCUCAGCUAGGGAAUGGUGUGUGGUGUGAGGCAGUUCGUUCACUCACAGCUUCUGUUUUCUAA